AUGGUGUCUAAAAGCCAAGUGCUGGCCGUGGGGGCCUACGUCAGUCUUGCUCUGGCCCAGGCAUCACCCUACGUCCCCAGCUGCGCGGCUCCAACAGUAACCGAGACCGUCUACGGCUGCUGCCCAGCUCCCUCCACGGCUACUGUGACCGUUACUCAGACUGUCGUUGGGUGCUGUCAGCCCCCAGAAGCCUCGACUGUCAAUGUCAUCUCUACCGUCUAUGUGACCGAUAUCGUGAGUGAUAUCUAUACACAGGUCGUACCGACCACUGAGUGGGAGACGAUAUCCUACGCCGUGACUGUGACAGAGGCAGUAUGCACUGGACCUCCGCAGUCCGGAUAUCCGCCCAUUGAGACGUACCCAGCCGAACCGUACCCUGUGCCUUCCGAUGCUGAACCUUCUGCGCCGACCUACGGAGAGCCGCCAGCGCCGACGACGUACGCCGCAAGGCGCAUCAGGGCGCCGCCCCCUGAGCUGCCCGAUUGUGUGUACUACACAACGACCAUCUGGGAGACAACCACUCAGCUCAGCACCCAGACUGUUCAUCAGCCAACGACGUACUUCGAGACCGAGACGGUCGUGUCCGGGUCUGUGUCGACAUAUGUCACGACCUACACAUAUAUCAGCGUGGUGCCCACGACAGUGGUGUCCGAUCGCACAGAGUAUGUGACGGAGACGUACAUCAGCGUCUCGACCUUGACCGAAGAAGUGGAUGUGACGGACUACCAGACCGUCACCAAUACGGCCACGGCCACGGCUACUGCUACGCAGACACUGGUAGAGACUGAGGUCGUCACGCUCCCCGGCGAGGUUACGACUAUCGCCGGAGAGGUGACAACACUUCCUGGACAAGUCACAACAAUCCCCGGUGAGGUGACUACACUCCCUGGUCAGGUUACGACGCUGCCGGGCGAAACCAUCACGACGACCAUUACAGAAACAGGCCCGGAAACGACAGUCACAGUCACCGAGGACGGCGAAGUCAUCAUCUCGGUGGUUCCCGGUCCUACCUCUGUCAUAACGACAACUGUAGUGCUCCCUCCCGUUACGGUCACUGACCGUCCUCCCGUGACGCCUUGCCCGGCGCCGACCAACAUCCCAGGUGUCAACCCCGACAUUCCUUACGAUCCAAGUUCCAACCGCACUUGGGGGUGUGAACCUGGCUUCGUCUGCAACCCGCCCAAGCCCGAAGGCUGUAAUUUGUGGGCCGAUUCUCCCGCGAACGACUACGUCUGUCUGCCCAAGUACUGCAUUCCCUCGCCGCAUUAUGCGCUCGCUACUUGGCCAGAAGGAGAAACGAGCUACUACCCGCCUAGUGAAGGCUACUUCAACCUCAACCCUAAUGCUUUCGGCUUGCCCUUCUCCAUCUUUGACUACGAAACGAUUGUCAAGACGUGGAAGCACAAGACUUGGACCAUUACCACGGGUAACUGGGCUUCGGCCACGGAGCUCUCUGUCUACCCUCCUCGGUCGCCAACGACAACAACGAUUCCAGCAUCUCCCCCGGCUUACGAAACACACGCUCAUGGGUAUGGGAAGCGUCAGAAUGAUGAUGACGACGACGAUGAGGAUGACGGCACCACUGCUCCUGCCAUCUGCUUUGAUGACUGCAACAAUUGCUAUAUUGAGGCUGAGGCCGUUGGCAAGUCGCCUCGCCUGUGUGCCUCCGACUCACAAUUCCGCGCUGACUUGCUGACCUGCACCACCUGUAUCGACGCCAACGCUGUAAACGGUGUACUGACUCGCCGUCUUUACGUGACACCCAAGUUUGGUCAGUUUCUCGACUAUUGUGAUAGUCAGGAUCCCGACGAAGUCACCACGUCAUCGAUCGCGUCUCUGCCGCCGCAGCAGUCGGCCGUCGUGUCGAGCAGUGGGUCUGGUGACGAUGUCACAACCACGUCGGCAGUAGCGGCGGAGUCCAAUCCGUCGACGCAGCCCAUCUCGUCUCCUUCGACAUCAGAGGAGGUUUCUGCCACAAGCGAUGCAGAGACAAGUACAUUGACUGUUGUGACGACGACAAUAACAACGACGAGUGAGCCUGUGGCUUCGGGUGUGUCCUCGGUGACAGAGACAGCCUCCCAAGCAGAGCCUGAGACGACCAGCUCUGCCGAGCCUAGUGAGAGUGUAGAGUCCAGCGCCGCUGCUGAGGGCAGCACCACUGUGACUGGGCCUUCAAGUGGUGCUGGAGCUUCCGGCUCGAGUCCUGCUGGGGAGUCUGGGAGUGCCUCUCAAACCGGUAGUGCUCCGGGCGUGUCGGAGACUGAAGAGGCUUCGCCGUCGGUUUCACCGUCUUCUGCCAGCGGCCAGCCCGACACGGGAGCUGGUGCAUCGGAGUCAGGUGCUGCUGGGCCCAGCUCUGGUGCCUCUGGUGCUUCUGGUGCCCCUGGUGCUCCUGGUGCCUCUGGAAACGAGUCUGGCGUGCCCAGCACAACUUCAGGGGUUGCAACAGUACCAACGAACACGGAUGGCGAACCGAUUACGGUUCCCACUGCCGCGGCGAACCGCCUAGGCAGUGGUGCCCUUGCGGCAGCUGUGCCUUUUUUGGUGAUGAUGCUUGUUUGA